AUGAGAUCCAGCAGUAUUACAAUAAUCAUUGUUGCUAUGGUGAUGUCAGUCAGAAUGGCUCCUCCUCUUCCUGUGAUCUUUCUCCUCAUGAUUCACAAUGUUUUCAGUGAAAAAGGUUGGGGUGUAAGUUACAGUACUUCACAAAUCUGUGCACUAAACACCUCAUCAGUGAUAAUUAGCUGCACUUAUACAUACCCUACUGGACAUAAGAUUGAGAAAGUGUUCUGGACCAAAAAACCCAUAAAGGGUGAAGAGCCUCCAGAUCUGUCUUAUGAUCCUGAAUACAGUCAGAGGCUUCAGUAUCUGGGAGACAAACAGCAGAACUGCACCAUCAGACUGAGUCAUGUGACACAGAACGACCAACACAUGUACUGUUUCAGAUUCAUCACUAAUAAAGAUAAAUUGAUUGGAUAUCCAGGAGUGACUCUUACUGUCACAGAUCUUCAGGUGGAGGCUCCUGAGAGAGUGACAGAGGGUCAUAAUGUCCGUCUGACAUGUAAAAGCAGCUGCACUCUGACUGACAGAGCAACAUUCAUCUGGUACAGAAACUCACAGCCAUUAACUGAGAGAAGAGACAGAAACAAUCAACUCCUGCUGCAGUCAGUCAGAAGAGAGGAUGCAGGCAGAUACAGCUGUGCUCUACAUGGACACACUUACAUCUCUCCUGCUGCUCAGCUCACUGUCACCUAUCCUCCCAGGAACGUCUCAGUGUCUAUAACUGGAUCUGGUGUAAUAGUGGAGGGAGAUUCAGUGACUCUGAUCUGCAGCAGUGAUUCAAACCCUCCUGCUCUGAACUUCAGCUGGUUUAAGGAGAAUCAAAGCUCAGCUGUUGGAUCUGGACAGAGUUUCAGUGCACUACAGAGUGGACGCUUCUACUGUGAGGCUCACAAUCAACAUGGAUCUCAGAGAUCAGACGCUAUUACUGUCACUGUUAAAGGACGUCUGGGGAUAUUUUACAUAUCUGCUGGAAUGGUUUGUGGAGCUGCAGUUAUCAUAACAAUAUUGCUGAUUCGGUGGAUGAAAAAGAUAAAUAAAGUUCAGGUCAAUCAUUCGGGACCUCAUCAUGAGCGGCACAAAGCUUGCAAUGAUGAAUUGAAUGAACCUGUUUAUGCAAAUGAAAUGGCUGUUCAACGUGGCCCUGAUGUUUGUAAACCUGAACUGAACUCUUCUGUGUAUGAAAAUAUUCCAGUAAGUAGGAACACAUACAGUACUAGAUCAGGGCUCUCAAUUUUGGAUCUUUAGGCCCCCUUUCCUGCAGAUAUUUAGCUCUGAUCCUAUUCAAGCACACCUGAGCAGGCUCAUCAAGCUCUUCAGGAUCAUUAGAAACUUACUUGCAGUGGUUUUGGUCAAGGUUGGGUUGGAGCUGAACUAGAGUUGAGAACCUCUGCACUAGAUAAAGAAAAAAACACAACAUAUUAGCCUCUUCUCAUGACUAAUGUUCUUGAUACCUGUAUUAAAAAUAUAAUAAAUUAAUUAUUUUUUUCUUUCUUUUUCAAACUCAGCAAAAAAAGAAGAGGAUGUAGUGUUUUGGACACACAGCAAACAUUUUACAUAUUGAUUUGUGGGUGGAGACCUGAAUGAUUGACAAGUGUGUGUGACUUUGACAAGAGUAAUGCCAGUGAACAGCUGAUAUAACUGCCUUGAAUUAUUCCCUUAAUAUUGUUAUUGUGGCCAUAAUAGCCAAAUCUUUUCUUAUCAUCGCAGUGUGUCAGUUAUUAUUGCAGGGCAAAUUAAUUGUAAUUGAAUAAUAAAAGUAGGCCUUAUCUGAUAAUAAUAAUAAUAAUAAUAAUAAUAAUAAUAAUAAUAAUAAUAGGCUCAAUAAGAAGAAUGUAACGGGUCUAAAUUAUUUGGAAAUGCCAAAUCUUCUUAAUAUUGCUUUAAUAUUCUUAAUAAUAUGUAUUGCUUUUUUGACAAUGUCAUCUGCUGUUGGUGUUGGGCCAUUGUAGUAAUAAUAAUAACUAUUAUUAUUUUUAUUUUUAUUGGGCGGCCUAUUAUAACUCUGCUAUCAAACUUCCCAGCUAUUUCACUUCAGCACCCCGUUUCACACACGCAGGGGUAUUCUUGUUUCUGUGAUGGUGCGACGAGCUUGUCAUGGUGCGCUGUAUGACUGAUGCAUCGAUCAAUUGAACCUUACUCCAAAUAUAUGAAUUUAGUUUUAAAUACUUUAGAUUUAAUGUGGCCUUGUAUAUGUCCAAUAUUAGUGUUAAACUGUUGUACUUUAAAUGAAGCUACUAUCGAUUUUCAUCGUUGACUGAUUUUGCAGAACAUUUAGCCUGAUAACUUCAGUGUGCAGAUAUGGCAUAUUUGUCACAGGAUGCCCAAUAUUACAGUUCCGUCCAACUAUAUAUGAAAUAGCUGUUUUAUUCAGUAUUUUUAUAUUAAACAUUUGUUUAUCAGUAUGUUUGAAAUUAUUAUUAUUUUUUAUUAUUGGUGAUUCCAUAGGCUCUUACUCGUGCACCUGCACAGUUUAAAACACCAAAUAGUUAUGCUAUGACAAGAUCAAAAAGUAUGUCUCUUAUCAUUGAUCUCAUGUGCUGACGAUAUGACAAUUUGAAAAAUUAUCAUAUCGGCCAACACUAGAUUCAAUUCCACCUCAGCAGUGCCACAAACUGAUCAUGUCCAUUCCACACCGAAUUGAGGCAGUAAUUAAAGCAAAAAGGAGCCCCUACAAGUAUUGAGUUCAUGUACAGUAAAUUAAUCUUUGAAAAAAAAAACUUUGUAAAAUGAACUUUUCCACAACAUUCUAAUUUAUUGAGAUGCACCUUUACAUGUAUAAUUUUUUACAAUAAAUAAGCUGUCACAGAGUAUGAAAUAAAUACCCUCCAAACCCGUGUUACCUCUCUUCCAAGGGGCAAUGCCUUUGCCUAGACACAAGUAAUAUUUAUAUUUCCACAAUAUUUACACAUGCAGAAAUAUACAUUUGUUUACAUUUUGCAGAACAGAUGGAAGAAGAUCCGUCAAUGUGCAUUUGGUUCGUUAUGUUCAGGUGUUCGGUAACUUAGUGGUCAUGUGAGGAGUUUUCACUCUCUCUUUUAGGAAAGUCAGACCACCUUUUUGUGUUCUUAAUGCCGACAUACACUCCCUUAAGAAGAAAAGCACCCACCACUACAAUGAUUGUGAAAAAAUAGCCAGAAACAGCCUUUUCUCAUAAAAGAACAAUUGGUAGGUCUUUGAGAACCAAUCUGGAGGUGCAUCCAAUAACAGUACUCCAGCUAUUGAGAAUGAGAAAUUGUUGUCAUAGCACAAAGCCCCUCCCUCGAUAUCACAGUCUCCGCCAUGUUGGCAGGAUAACGGCGGCGAAACAGGAUUGUUUACAUGUGUUGUUAACUCGGUAGUAGAGGUUCUCACAAUUCGGCACUGUUUUACCAUGCCUGGAAGUUACUGCUGCGUUAAAAACUGCUCCAGUACCUCUCACGAUACAUAUAUUUUUUUAGGUUACACCAAGCACAAAACAGCAGUAUUUGGAGAAGCUCUCAAGCAGCACAGAGACCUGGACCAUUUACCUCCAUGCACACAUAUGGACAUUGGGAAUUAUAUUGUUUUUGGUUUAAGUUACUACACAAUGCAGGAGUUUAAAAGCCACAAGUCUUUGGAAAGUUACGAGGCUUUCUGCUGUGGCUGGGUCCAUCUACAGCAGGUGAUGAAAACAGCGUUGUACUGACCAAAGUAAGUUUAUUCACAUGCGUUUUAGUGUUUUGUAAUUAUAUUGCAUUUAAAAUGCACUUCUUGACCAAAAUGACAAAGUAAUUAACUGCGACUGUUUCGUAAACACUAGAUUGUAACGAGUUAAUCAAUGUACACACACGUUUCCAAUAUGUUUUGAUGUAGGGUAAAGCUGUGUAUGUUUAGUUAUAAUUUGAUUUUAACCCAAUGACACAUACUGUACCAGGUUUUUUGUGUUGGGGGCUGCAAAGUGGACAAACCAGUUCUGGGUUAGCUAGGGUAGUUAAAUGUGUGAUUGUAGGAUGUAAAUGUCCUGGUUAGAUUAAAGCCAUUAACAGCGUGAAUGCAAAGUGACUUACAUCGUAAACAAUAUAAUUCACAAUGUCCAUAUGUGUGCACAGAGGUAAAUUGUUCAGGUCUCUGUGCCGCUCCAGGGAGCUCGUAUGGGUCCAUAUUUUAGAUGCCUGAGAGCUUCACCAAACACAGCUGUUUUGCGCUUGGUGUGAGCUUGUUCCUGUAAGGUCCCCUUUCUUUCGCCUUAUCUUUUUGCAUUGCUUUACUUUCUUCCUUUUCUUUCGCGUAUUCGUAGAUCCGUCUCGAUCUGUUCCGCCGACAAAAUAAAUGCACAAAAAUUAAAGAUUCUCUGAAAUGUUUAGUCUCGCCUCUGUGAAGUUCUGAAGGCAUUGCCCCUGGCAACAGAUACCGUAUCCUGCCAUCAGGGCCGACCGGCUCAGACCCCUCCCAAAUCAACCCAAAUCGGCACGUGACUCCUCACUCUCAAUAUUAAAGGGUUAGUUCACCCAAAUAUUAAAAUUAUGUCAUUAAUAACUCACCCUCAUGUUGUUUCAAACCCAUAAGACCUCCGUUUAUCUUUGGAACACAGUUUAUUGUUUUAAACGGCUUGCGUCUCCAAUAGACAUUAAUCCACAAAUGACUUAAGCUGUUAACUUUUUUAAUGUGGCUGACACUUCCCCUGAGUUCAAACAGACCAAUAUCCUGGAGUAAUUAAUGUACUCAAACAGUACACUGACUAAACUGCUGUGAAGAGAGAACUGAAGAUUAAAUUUAAAAUUAAAUUAAACAUUUUUAAAUGUAUGCAUUUAGCAGACGCUUUUAUCCAAAGCGACUUACAGUGCAUUCAGGCUAUCAAUUUUUAUAUAUCAUGUGUUCCUGGGGAAUCAAACCCCCAACCCUAGCACAGUGCUCUACCAGUUGAGCUACAGGAACACUGAACACUGAAGAUGAACACCAAGCCGACUCAGAUAAUGAAUGAACGACAGACUCGUUCUUGAGUUAAUAUGCAAUAUUUGUCCACUCACUGGAGCCUUUAGAAUACAAACAAUGCAACAUGUACAUAUUUUAUGUUGUGCCAACUGUGCAGUAAUGUGUGCAAUAUGAUAAUAAGUCUUAACGUCUUAAAGUCUUAACUUUGCACUAUCGCCUUGUUGUAUUGUUUAGUGUAUUGUUUGUCUUUUCUUGUAAUAUACUUUUUCUUUUUCUUCUCUGUGUCACAGAUGUUUAUAUUACAUGUGACUGCACUGUUAGGAUUGCUCAAAUGUCACUAUACUUGUACAGUGACAAUAAAAUAUCUUGAAUCUUAAAUAAGGAUGUAUUUUUUGUUACAAGACACCGCCUUGAAACAGCACAUUAUAGUGAAGUUCCAACUUAUGAUCAAACACACAAAUCUCUUUUAGCUUCUCUUAGAAAGUGUAGAAAUGUCUCAUUUACCGAGAACAAUGCAGAUGACUUGAAGUUUUCUUCAAACUCUUAAAGUCCAUUUCCGUCAUUCAGAUAUAUAAAUAAGACUGGUGUUGGUUUGUUACUUUACCUUUAGUGUGAGUGACUACAAGUCUAACUAUAGCUUCUGCUGGUUACGUCAAGGAACUGAAACCUCUGCUUAACCAUCUCCUUUCUACU